AACCUCAUCGCCACCGUGAGCAUUCAGACCGGUCUCUCGCAACACUCUCAACACUCCCCACAUCCAUCACUAUCACCAUAGACACGGGCGAUGACGAUGGCAAUGCACUCGGUAUGACAGCGCCUUACGACCAUAUCGAUAUCGGCUGGGUUGAAAGACGGUUGAAUGAGCAGGCCGGUGUCAGAAGGAGCAGAUUGGCGGCGUACUUCGAGGGCGUCAUGGAGUUCCAGGAACCACCGCCCUGUCUUUCACGAUCUCCUACACCUGAGCCGCACGAGCAGAGAGCAUGGCAGACUGGUGCUGCCCAUUACCCCAGUGCCCGCCCCUCGUUGGAGCAGAGACGAUCCAAGGGAAAAGGGCUACCACGAUUACCGAGCAGAAGGUCGACCUUGGAUUCUGAUUCCGAUGGUAUUGAGCAACGACAGCGGAGAAAGAGACGUGAGUUGGCCUUUGGCGCAUGUCGUAAGACUCUUCUAACAUGAUAUCUAGGGCAAGUUACUCCAGUAACACGACAUAGAAUCAACUUCAGUCGCACUUUUCGGCCUCUGCUGAAGCAGAAUCAGAGUUUGGCGAAGCAAAAGACGACAUCUGCGAAAAUGCCUAGUGCGCAUGGCAUGAAAACCCGGUCGAAGAGUCGUCGGGUUGGAUAUCCGGGAAUAUCAAAACCGAGACCACAACAAUACAAAGCAUCUUGA